GCGCUCGCUAGUAGUAUUGUGAGAGUCAACUGGCCGUACGUAUCGUGUCUGUGCAUUAUAGUUAUCACCACUACCAGAACUACCACUGUUACCGUUAACAUGGGGUCCGGCAACCACGACGACAAGACGGCGGGGCGGGUCCUCUUGCCCGCACACGUUGUACCCACUCGUUACGAUUUGGCGCUGACCCCAAAUAUAGAAGCCUUUACCUUUACGGGUACGGUGGACAUUACCUUCCGGAUUGACGGUAGUUUGUUGAACGAGACCAAUAACAAGUCGAUUACCUUGCACGCCAAGGAACUCUUGUUCUCAACCGCGUCUUACCACUUGUUGGAUGGCCCCGACGCGACGCCCGUGACGGCGGAACAAAUGAACGUCAAUCUCAAGGCUACCACGGUGGAGUUUCUCUUUCCCGAGCCCAUUCCGCCCGACGCCUCCACACUCAAACUCACCGUUGCCUACACGGGAUUCCUCAACGACCAAAUGGCCGGCUUUUACCGGUCAACCUACACCGACAUACAGGGACAAUCCAAAAUUAUGGUGUCCACGCAGUUCGAAGCCCUCGAUGCCCGUCGCUGCUUUCCCUGUGUCGACGAACCCUCGCGCAAGGCCGUGUUCGGGGUUACCCUUACCGUACCCGCGCAUUUGACCUGUCUCUCCAACAUGCCCGAAGCCAAGGUUACCGCCAUCAACGCACAGCAGAAGUGUGUCACCUUUAUGGACUCGGUCGUCAUGUCCACCUACCUCCUCGCCUUUGUCGUGGGCGAAUUCGAUUUCCUCCAGACCCGCUCCGCGCACGGUGUUCUCAUCAAAGUCUACACGCCGCCGGGGAAGGCCGCGGCGGGACAAUUCGCCCUCGACGCCGCCGCCCGCGCCUUGGACGCCUACAACGACUUUUUCAAUCUACCCUACCCUCUGCCCAAACUAGACAUGGUCGCCAUUCCCGAAUUCGCCGCCGGUGCCAUGGAAAACUGGGGACUCGUCACCUACCGCGAAGUCGAUUUGCUCAUUGACCCCGUCAAGGCCAGUACCAUGCAGAAACAACGCGUCGCCGUGGUUGUCACGCACGAACUCGCCCACCAGUGGUUCGGAAACCUCGUCACCAUGGCCUGGUGGGACGAUUUGUGGCUCAACGAAGGAUUCGCAUCGUGGGCCGAAAACUGGGCCACCAACGUACUGUAUCCGGAAUAUCGAAUGUGGGAUCAGUUCACCACGGGGCAUUUGAGUACGGCAUUGCGGUUGGAUGCUCUGCAAAGUUCACACCCCAUUCAGGUACCCAUUGCACACGCCGAAGAAGUGGAACAAGUCUUUGACGCGAUUUCCUACUGCAAGGGGGGCAGUGUGGUGCGCAUGAUCAAGGCCGUAAUUGGCUUGUCUGCCUUCCAGGACGGACUGGGUGCCUACAUGAAAAAACACGCCUACGGAAACACGGAAACGUACGAUUUGUGGAAUGCCUGGGAGGCCUCCUCGGGCAUGCCCAUUGGUGAAAUGAUGAAGUCCUGGACGGAGCAAAUGGGAUUUCCGUUGGUGCGUGUGCGGAAGGAAGACUUUGCGGACGACAAGGUUGUGCUGGAGUUGGACCAGACGUGGUUUUUGUCGGAUGGAUCCGAUAUGCAGUCCGACAAGGUUUGGACUAUUCCCAUCUUGACCUGCACGGGCGCAGGGGCGCAAGCCGAUAUGACCUUGAUGCGCGACCGCACAGCCACGGUCACGAUUCCGUUUGAUCCCAAGGACACGGCGCCCCGGUGGAUCAAGCUCAAUGCCGGUCAAGAAGUCCCGAUGCGUGUUUUGCCGGGCGUGGAAAUGCUUCGACGCAUGUUAGUUGCCAUUGCGUCCAAGUCGAUGAGCGCAAUUGAUCGCGCGGGGGUGCUGAAUGAUUCAAUGGCUGUUGUCAAGGCUGGUCACAUGUCGCCGGAAGCCAUGAUGACGCUUUUGAAAAGUUACAAGGAUGAGGAUGAGUACGUUGUUUGGGAAGGGCUGUCGGAUGCGUUGGGUGGCUUGGAUGCGGUCCUCUCGGACGACGAGAACAUGACGGGCUACUUUCGAGUGUUUGCCAAGACUAUGGUUGUGAAUCUUAUGAAUAAGGUUGGCUGGGAGGCGUCCGAUUCGGAUGAGCAUCUGACUAAGUUGUUGCGUGGGAUUAUGAUCAACCUGCUUGGUGCCUUCGCCUACGACGACGAGAGUGUUCAACAAGAGGCGAAGAAGCGCUUUGAGGCUUUCCUGGAAGACGCCAACGAUAUAGAGUCGCUCCCCAGUGACAUGCGCACCGCCGUCUUCAAGAUUGUUCUAAAAAAUGGCAGUGCCAAGGAAUACGAACAAGUGAAAGCUUACUUUGCCACGGCAUCGGACAACGCCGAGCGCAAGCAUGUUCUUAAUUCGCUCGGGUGCAUUCAGGACGAUGCGUUAAAACUUGCUACCAUGGAAUGGUCGCUUUCGGGUGAAAUUAAGUUGCAGGACUUUUUUUACCUCAUGGGAUCGGUAGGCCGGUCUUCAAAACAGGGGCGUGAGAUUGCUUGGAAGUUCUUCCAGGAAAACUUUGAGCGCAUUCGCAUUCUGCUGCAAAAGGCACACCCCGCUUUGAUGGACGCUUGCAUUGUCAUGUGCGCCGGCGGCUUUUGUUCGGAAGAAAGAGCGGACGAAAUCGACACGUUUUUUCAAGCCCAUCCCCUGCCGUCCAGUACACGCAAGAUUGCGCAAACGACCGAACACAUGCGGGCGAACGGCAAGUUCUUGCGAGUCCUGAAAGCCAGUGACUUGGCCAAGGCGGAGUUUUGGGAAAAAUUGUAAAGUCCAGAAUUCGUUACACAAAUUACUGCGCGCUCACAGUCAAGUUCGUCGAGCUUGGCACCUACAAUAGUUUACGGGUCGACCGGAAACGAAACGACCACAGACUGUGAACCUCUAGAAAUUUCGAAACUAGGCUU